AUGGGCAGCAAGGUGCUAAAUAGCUCCCUCCUGUACCCUCCCAGCCCUCUCUCAGUGUCCAAAUCCAAAUUCAAGGACUCUCUGCACGUUUUCUCUCAGCGAGAAGGUUGCCGCAUAUGGAGGAUGCACAUCCUGAAGGGGACGGACGGGCUGGGAAUCCAGAUAACGGGAGGCAGAGGGUCGAAGCGGUCCCCUCACAGCAUCAUCGUCACCCACGUGGAGGAAGGUGGCUCCGCACACAGGGACGGCAGGCUGACAGCAGGUGAUGAGCUCCUCAUGAUCAACGGGCAGUCGCUGGUUGGGCUCUCCCACCAGGACGCCGUGGCUCUUCUUCGCUCGGCUGCUGGCCUGGUGCAGCUGGUGGUCGCUAGCAAGGAAUCUGCUGAAGGGGAUUUUCUGAAGUAUCCAUCUACCAGUUUGCCAGACUUGCUUAGCACUUGCUCAGUCCAAGACUCUGUUUCUUGCACUGACAAUAAAGAAAACGAAGAGCCAGAAGAAGAAGAUGUGAAAGGAGUGAAUGUGUCUCCUGAAAAACUGGUCGCUGUGAUGGAAACUGAGAAGUCUCAAGAUCCAGCUUGUGCAGAAGUGUCCAAAGGAAACAACCAGAGUCCAACUCUGGGAAGUGGCAUACUGAAAUACAGAAGUCGAUCCCAAGGUGCUGGAUCCCGCUUGGAGUCUGUAGGAGAAGAUGAUGAGCUGACAGUGGAAAAUGGUGAAUCAAAUUAUGAAAUAGCUGUGAAAUAUUCUCGGGGUGGAAGAAAGCACUCUCUGCCCCAGCAGCUGGAGUCGGCGGGAGCCAGGCAGGACUACCAUAUUGUGAAGAAAUCCACCCGUUCCUUCAGUGCUGCUCAAGUGGAAUCUCCAUGGAGACUGACCCAGCCGUCCAUCAUUUCCAACAUUGUCCUGAUGAAAGGACAAGGCAAGGGUCUUGGAUUCAGCAUUGUGGGAGGUCAGGAUUCUGCUCGCGGACGCAUGGGAAUUUUCGUGAAGACUAUAUUCCCAAAUGGAGCAGCGGCUGCUGAUGGAAGGCUUAAAGAAGGGGAUGAAAUCCUAGAAGUUAAUGGAGAGUCUCUACAAGGACUGACCCAUCAGGAGGCCAUUCACAGGUUUAAGCAACUUAAGAAAGGUGUGGUGACCCUGACUGUGCGCACACGGCUGCGCAGCCCAAGCCUCACGCCCUGCGUGACUCCCACCUUGCUGAGCCGCUCUAGCUCCCCCAGCUCCAGCGCUAGCGGUGGCAUGCCAGUCCCUGGCCCCGAUGAGGCAGAUGGUUCUUCCUCCAGCCGCAAAGGACCCGGCCCAAAGGACAGGAUCGUCAUGGAUGUGACGCUGAAUAAAGAGCCAGGGGUUGGGCUCGGCAUUGGUGCCUGUUGUCUCACACUGGAAAACAGUUCUCCAGGGAUAUACAUUCACAGCUUGGCCCCAGGAUCAGUGGCUAAAAUGGAUGGCAGAUUAAGUCGGGGUGACCAGAUCCUGGAGGCAGAUUCGGUGAGUCUGCGUCACGCAGCAUUAAGUGAGGCCUACGCCAUCCUGAGCGAAUGUGGUCCAGGUCCAGUCAGCCUAAUUAUUAGUCGGCAUCCUAACCCCAAGGUUUCUGAGCAGGAGAUGGAUGAAGCAAUCACACGUACUACCCACCGAGAGAGCAAGGAUGCCUGCUCCUCUCACAUCACAGGAGCUGUACAAAAAAGUCCAUCUCCUAGUGUGAAGGCCAAACAAGGAGAGACCUCAUCUCCACUCAGCUGGACUAUGAAACGCUUCCUGGAGCCAGCGAGCCGGGGAUCUGUCAGCUCCGAGGCAGAGCUUUCCCAGUACUUCUCGCACGAUGGUAUGGGCCAGGUCCCGUUUUCUGAUGCCGUAACCGGCUCCUGUGAUGAAGAGCAGCUCCGUCAGAAGAACAGAAACAGUUUUUUGGAUGAUGGCUCUCUUCUUCCUGGUGGCCUAACUGCUAGAGAAGCAGGAGUGACAAAAGCAAAUGAUCUGGCUUCUCCAGCUAGUGGGAGAUCAUCUGGCCUUCACAACAAGCACAUGGAGUCUGUUCGACCUGGCAUCCUCAGCGACAGCCCCAAAUCUGCCCGCAGCCCUUUUCAUCGACAGAGAAGGGUUGUUUUCUACGAUGGUGAUGUUAGCGAUGAUGACGAAAGUUCCCACUUGCAAAGAAGCCAGAGGGCCAAGAGCCAGGAGGACUCUGGCAUUGCCAUUACAACCUCAUCUGUGGAAAUCGAUGAUGAGAGCCAGGACAGUGAGUCACCUAGAUAUGGUGGCACGGAGACAUCUUCUCCUGUCUUAGGAAACUCUGUGGAGUCUGCAGACAGCACGCUGGAGCAAACUGACUCUCCUUUCUUCCCCAUCAUAGCAUUCGAUUACUCAAGUGUGCCUGAAGUUCGUCUUGGCAGCCUGAGUUUGAAGGAGCUCCGGGAAGCACAACUCGAAUCUAAGAGAUCGCCAAAACUUGAGCACAGAGCAGUCACAAGAGUGAAAAGCAUGAUGAGCACUGAGUGCCGAAGCCUUCAGAGACAGAGGGUGGAGGAGCACAGCUCUUACAACAAGCCAGUUGCAAGGAUGCUCCCUCACAGCAAAAAGUGUGAAGCAACCGAUGGGGCCGGGCAGGGCCAGGGUGAAAUAGUCACUCUGGUUCGCAAUGAGCAUGAGUCAUUUGGCUUGGAUUUGGAAAUCCAGGCCAUGCCCUUAAAGGUUGUUGUCACAGGGCUGCGGCCAGGUGGAGCAGCAGAAAUGGGAUCAAUGGGCAAGAUGGCUGUAGGAGACGAGAUUACCACCAUCAACAGUAUCCCAGUCAGUAAGAUGACGUAUGAGGAAAUCUGCUUGCUUAUGCAGUGUCUUCCCACAUCUGUAACCCUGGAGAUCCAGAAAGCAGCAUCAGCUGUCAGCAGAUUUACAAACCUCAUCCUGUCUCCAGGGCUAGACGGUCAAAAUCAGGCCGAUGUGAACAGCAUCCUCGCAACCAAGGAAGAACCGAGUGCUGGGAAGCGAGAAGGAGCAGGUUUGCAAAGUACUGGUGGCGACUGUGCGGUGGAGAGAGCAACACUGCCACCUGAUGCCGCGAGCAAAGACGUGCAAAGAGGUACCACGAAAAGCAGCCGCUCCGACUGUGCUGCCAUCAUCCCUGUCACUGAUAUCGAUGACUUGCUCAGCCAAAUGGGUGCUCCCGAGAGCAGGGCUUCACGCACCCCGUCGAGAGCAGAAAGCCCCCUCCGAGAUGAGUACACCACGAUGUGCUGCUGCGGGACUGAUGAAGGCUGUCCCGGAUCUGAGCCACGGCCAGCCAAGGAGGAGCUGCUGGAAAAAAAUGUGAAUUGUGGCACUAAUGCACAAGGGGUUUUGGGGCUGUCUGUGUUGGACUCCAUUAACACAGGCAAACUUUUUACUGUGAAUAAAAACUCUUUAAAUAACUAUUCUAGGAAUUUUAGCAGUUUAAAUGAGGAUGAGUCGCCUGCAGCAAACUCUCCGGAAAGUAAGAGAAGCAACCCAAAGUCUAUGUAUGGGGCUGCAGAGGAUUCUCACUCGGACACAGAGUCUGUCACAGAAACCUUUGAUAGUGCUAAUGUGAUGUUGCUUGAGCCCUGCGCUGCUGCUAAUGCUUCUGCAAUCUGUGCUGUAAUGGAGUCAGAUGAGGAGCAAAUUGAGAUUUGUUGCAUGAACGAUGAUCCACAAAAGCCCGCACAGGAGCAGCGUCUGACAUCUGCAACAAGCUCAUCUUCGCUGUCCCCACUGCACCCUUACAGCAACAAAGUUUUACAGACUGAGGGCUGUGCAAUGUGUGGGUCGCUGGAGACGAGCAUCAACAAACUAGACUUGGAAGAUCAUGGUGGUCCCGCUCCAUGUCCUUCACAGUGUUCAGAUGUGUCCUCUGCAUCCUUGUGUUCUCCUUCCUCAGUUUUUCUGACAGAAAAAGAUAUCCUAAGUAAUUCAGUUAGUAUCCCUGAAGUUUACUCUUUCUGUAACAAUGGUGCCUUAAGUACGGAAGAACAGAUGGGUUUGGGGAACAGUAAUGGACAUAUGAAAGGCUGUGAAUCCAUUAAAGAGGAAGGGUCUCUGCACUGCAAAAAGAUAAGCUUUUGCUCUGCUGGAAAUGUCAAUGGCUCGAAGAACAACUUGCUUGAGAAAGAGGGAUGUCAUGAUGAGCAGAGAUCUAAAUCUGAAAGCGAAAUGGUGAUUGAUGACUGUCAUCAUACUGUUAGUUAUUGCUUAGUGAAGAAAGAAACCAACAGUUCGUCUAACUUGUCUAAAACAGACAGCAAUCAUGUGAAUGCAUCAUCACCAAGAGCAAUAUCACUCAGGUCUCCCUUUCCCACUAGAUCUAAAGAUCCAAAGGCUAAUACAACUUACGACUUGCCAGGGAAAUAUGAGAAAACUAGCUCUGUGACUUCAGGAAGGACUUCAAAUGGAAAAGUCCAAAGCUCAGGCACAAAUCACUGCAAAGGAGCUGCAGUACCGCAUAGCCCAUCCUCGCAGAAAAAAUCCUGUCAGGAGUCUAAGGGAGUGGCACAAAAAGGUAUAAUGGACACCCUUUUAAAUAACCAGAAGGCCAAAGCAGGACCAAAGCUAAAAGGGUUCACCAUCAAAAGCAAAGCAAAGGCAAAUUUGGAUUCUUCUGGCAUUAAUCCUACCAAAGUCAGUGGGGCUGAUCAGAAAAGGGCUUCUGUUUCUCCACAGCUGUCACCCAAACUCCUGGGGAAGAAAACACCAUUGUCCCGUAAUUCACCUACAAACCCAGAUCCUGGCAAGAGCAUUUCAGCAGCCUCAAGGACUCUGAAGUCAGAGCUAGAAAAUAAGCCAUCUCUGGUCGUUUCUGAAGAUUCAUUUCUGCCUCUCCUGAAUGGCACCAGCAGCCCAACAGGGAGCAGUGAAGUGAAAUGUGGCUGUGGGGAGCUAACAGACCUGCAGCAGGCAUGGGGAAAGCCAAAAGAAAAGCAAGUUUCCAUGCAGCCUGUGGUGUGUCAGGGUAGGGGUGCUAAGGUGGAAGAUUUCAGAGCCAGAGACAGCCAGUCACCUCCUCAGGGGAUACCAAAAGUUGAGUAUGUGAAAGGGAGUACUGAGAACCGUGGCACAGGCCAGAACACAAUGAAGAACAUCUACAGUGCAGAUGACCUUAGGCAGUUAGAUCUGCAAAACAUAGGGCCGUCAGCCGGAGGCUCUUCUUCGUUAAGGUCGCCCUCAGUUCAAGAAGGGCAGGAGAUCCAGCGUACUUUCAUUGAGGUGAAGCUUUCCUCCUCAUCGUCCUCUUCGUCCUCCUCCUCCUCCUCUGCGUCUUCCUCACCAGCAUCAUUUUUGCAGCUGCCAUUGCUGGAGAAAACAGAGGAGGGGAGCACAGAAGUCCCUCGGCUGACUGAGGAGAUGGGUACAAUGCAGUGUUUCUCGAAAGUGGAUGCCACUGGAGACAGAAAUCUCUAUGGCUUGUCGAAACCCGUGACAAGGACUUACUCGAUGCCGGUCCAGUUAUCGGGUCACUUAAGGGAGGACUGCCAUGUUGCAGAGGUUCAUCCUGUGCAAGGCCCUCAGGGCCAUGCUGCAGAGGAGAAAUACCCACAGGCAGCAACAGGGAUGUUAAAGAUGGUCCAUCUGAAUCUGUCGAAUGGCCAGAGCGAGAAGGAGCAGGCCUGCACCUCCAAAAACACUCAGAGAGUCCAUGACAUGUCCCACUCAGCCAGCGACAUUAGCUGCCCUGCUGCCAAUAAGCUGAGGAGCUUCAGGAGAAAUUACUACUACUAUGAGCUGAACUGGCCACAUGAACCUACCUCAUCCUUCUCUGUCAAACAGAGGAUCAAAUCCUUUGAAAACCUGGCAAAUUUUGACCGGCCCAUCGUGAAGGCCAUCAAUAUACACUCGGCUGCGAGGUCCUCCCUCGCCAGGAGGUCGUGUGGUGGGAUGGUGGCUGCAGCCAGCCCCACCGAGACACCACGGGCCUUGCGGCGCAGCUUGAGCUCCUACGGUGGCAGCGCGACCCCAGCCAGUGCCAUGGCCAAGUCUCCCACCAGCGCAGAGCCCAGGCAUGUGGCAGAAGGCGGCAAGGGGGAAGGAAAGCCCCAGAGGAGCGAGGAGGGCAAUGCUGGGGCAGACGGUGCUGCCUUUCCCGCCUCAGCCUUGCAGGUGCGCCGCAGCCGAGGACUGCUCACGCCCCGCAGAGCCCUCGGCGUGCCUGCCCGGAGUGACGCAGCCCCGCCGGCCUGCUGCGGGCCCGCUGAGGCGAGUGGGAUGGGAACAGGUGCCAGCAGCCCUCGGGACAGCGGCUCAGGGACAUCGGGGUCUGCCUCUGAUGAUGACGCGCCCCCUGGCAGCUGUCUGGAUGGGGAGCGCUCAGAAAACAGCUGGUCCAUCAGCUUGGAUCAGCUGCUUGUCUCAACCCUGGACCAGCAAAAGCUGCAAUCUGUUUUGUCAGGAGUAGUAACAAAAUGUGACGUUGCUACUAUGCUGCAAGAAGUCAAAGCACAAGUAAAGAGCAAAGAAGACACAUACUUUGUAGUCUUGCACAAAGAAGAAGGAGCUGGCCUGGGAUUUAGUGUUGCUGGAGGAAUAGAUUUGGAACAGAAAUCAGUCACA